CUCGGGCAAUCUUGGAUUUGUGUUUCUGGGUUUUUGCGGUAUUUGCCCUGAGAUAACCAGUUCUUCGCCUUGUCGUCUUCCCACUUGCAUCAAGUCGACCGUCUUCUGGAGUAGCCUUAUUUGCCGCCCUCUCUGCUCAAUUGCCCAAGAUGCUGUCCCGAAACUCUACCCGCGCUGCCCAGCGCCUCCUCAGAGCCGCUGCCCAACCCCAGCAGCGCCUAAACCUCGCCCGCGGUUUUGCUAGCGUCAGCGACGCCCCGGCUCAGACGGUCCAGUCCGACAUCUUCAAGCCCACCAAGUACGGGGGCAAGUACACCGUAACUCUAAUCCCCGGCGAUGGUAUCGGUGCCGAAGUCGCCGACAGCGUCAAGACCAUCUUCAAGGCCGACAAUGUGCCCAUCACGUGGGAGCAGAUCGAGGUUUCGGGUCUCGACGACGCGAGCCCCACCGGUCGCACCGAGGAGAAGUUCCAGGAAGCCGUGGCCUCUCUCAGGCGAAACAAGCUUGGCCUGAAAGGUAUCCUGCACACCCCCAUCAGCCGCUCCGGCCACCAGAGCUUCAACGUGGCCAUGCGCCAGGAGCUCGACAUCUACGCCUCCAUCUCGCUGGUCAAGAACAUCCCCGGCCUGAAGACGCGCCAUGAGAACAUCGACCUCUGCAUCAUCCGUGAGAACACCGAGGGCGAGUACUCUGGGCUGGAGCAUCAGAGCGUGCCCGGCGUCGUCGAGUCGCUCAAAAUCAUCACGCGCGCCAAGUCGGAGCGCAUCGCCAAGUUCGCCUUCAGCUUCGCCCUGGCCAACAACCGCAAGAAGGUAACGUGCAUCCACAAGGCCAACAUCAUGAAGCUGGCCGACGGUCUCUUCCGCGGCACCUUUCACCGUGUGGCCAAGGACUUCCCCCAGCUCGAGUGCAACGACAUGAUCGUCGACAACGCCUCGAUGCAGUGCGUCGGCCGGCCGCAGCAGUUCGACGUCAUGGUCAUGCCCAACCUGUACGGCGGUAUCCUGUCCAACAUUGCCGCUGCCCUGGUUGGCGGCCCUGGCGUUGUCCCUGGAUGCAACAUGGGCCGCGACGUUGCCGUCUUCGAGCCCGGCUGCAGACACGUCGGUCUCGACAUCAAGGGCAAGGACCAGGCCAACCCCACUGCCCUUCUCCUCAGUGGCACCAUGCUGCUGCGUCACCUCGGUCUCGACGAUCAUGCCAACCGCAUCUCCAACGCCGUUUACGACGUUAUCGCCCGGGGCCAAGUCCGGACCCCCGACAUGGGCGGCCAGGCCACCAACCAGGAGUUCACCCGCGCCAUCCUCGAAUCCAUGGAGAAGGCUCUUUAAUAAACCCGCCCACAUCCCUAAACAAACAUGAUUCGCACGGCAAGUGUAUAUACCCGAUUAGCGCCAUGCCGCCAUCAAGAAACGGUCUCGACCCGAUGUAGAGUCUCCGGUUAGCGGUCUAUCAUACUCUACAACGCUGGACAGGUGGGUAGAUGGGGUAGAUGGGGCUACGGCAUUGAUCCUCAUUAGACUGGACAAAAAGGGAGUGACGGGGAGCACAGCAUGCGGCGGACUCUGUACUGUAUGUGUAUGCAAGAUGGCGGCCGUAGGGGCAGACACUUAUCUUUCCUAUGUGUUGCCAGUUAAUGAUGUGAAUGCAACUUGGUUAUGAAGCAAU